AGUCAACCAGGCCCACCCACAUCCAUGGCGGAGAUAGUUUUGUGGGACUCCAAGCUGGGACGUGAAACACUUCGUUCAAAUCCUUCUUGGACCGCAGCCCUCUCCGUUCCAACCUUUGACAUGGUCUCCCCUACUUACGUCUCUGUGUCUCCGUCUACCCGACUGCGACUUCUAUCGUCACUGCUACUGCAAUUAUCUCCCACAGUUUGGCUUCCCUUCCCCUUAAAGUCUUGGUUCGGUUCGGCACUUGCAUCACCUUCUUCUUCCUCGACAGCUGCAGCAGCAAGCUCAUCUCAUCCUAAAUCUUCCUUUGGAGAAGGCAGGGAAGAGCAUAGAUAGGAUGUCAACGCCAGGUGAUGAGUUUGGUGGCGGAGGUGGUGAUAACACGGCCGUCGUCAGGAUCAGCAGCGAGGUGAUGGUAGCGGCGGUCGUCUUCCUCUUCAUGGUCGUCGUCUUCGUCUUCUUCCUCUACCUGUACGCCAAGCACUACCUGCGGCCCGACCCCGCACUCCGGGGGCGCCGCUCCCGCGCGCGCUUCGUGUUCUCUGCGGCCGACGAGCUCGGAGCCGGCGCCCCCGGGCGCGGCCUCGACGCUGCCGUGCUGCGUGUGCUGCCCGUCACCGUCUACCGGGCCGCGGACUUCAAGGAGGGGCUCGAGUGCUCGGUCUGCCUCUCCGAGCUGUCUGACGGCGAGCAGGUCCGGCUGCUGCCCAAGUGUAACCAUGGCUUCCACCUUGAGUGCAUCGACAUGUGGUUCCAUUCUCACUCCACCUGCCCUCUCUGCCGGAGUCCCGUCGGAGCUGAACCUUCCACGAAGCCGGAUUCCGAUCCCGAAGCGCAAACUCCGCCGCUUCAGACUCUUCAGGAGUCGCCGGUCUUCCCAACGAACGUGCUGUUCUGGGGCGACCAUGAUCAAGUGAACGCAGGGAGCUCCACGACCGACACGGUGGCGUACGGAGGAAGCUCACAGGAAGGGCCAUCGAGCUCUUCGGGCCGCUCAGGCAAGCCAGAAGGUGCGCUGGUGAUCGAGAUACCGAGGAGGGCGGCGGAGGAUCUCCCGUCGCCAAUCUCGCCAUUGCCAUCGAGUCGGAUGGCCAUGGAAGAGACGAGAUCGCCGGUGUCGGCGACUUUUAGGUCGCUGAGGAGGCUUUGGAGCCAUGGGAGGUGGACUGGUUCUUCUUCUAGCCCGAGGGGAGGCGAUAUCGAGCAGGGUUUGGGGGGAUGUGCAGAGACCAGUCUUCCACCUCCAAAAUCUCCAUCCAACUCCUGAGUCUACAAAAGUUGCAGGUGGAAAUGGAUGUUCUUCUUCUUCUUCUUUCUGUUGUUGUUCUUUCAGAUUCAGGGAAGCUGUGGAAAGCAGCUCUGCUCUGUAGCCAAUCUCUAGUUCCAAAUUGCAUCGGUUGCUUGCUUGCCGAUCAUUGGAACUCAUUGGAUUUGUUGUUUCUUGAUGUACAGGAGAAAAGUACCUGUAAGGUGAUGAAGAAAUCUCAUCAUCUCUAAGAAGUCAUCACCUGAGUCUGUCUGAAUACAUUUUGAUUUAUUGAUCCAAAUACAUUAUAGUAAAUGCAGGGUUUAUAGAUUGGUA